AUGUCUCAUUUCUCAACAAAAUCAAUCCAUGGAGGUGACCACGUCAAACCCACCAACGACGUCAUUUCACCAAUCCACAUAACAACCACCUACAGUUACUCGUCCAACCCUGAUGAAUUGAUCCCUGGAGGAUUGACCGACCCCACGACACUCGUCUACUCACGUGAGAAUCACCCCAAUGCGGCUCAAGUCGAAGCCAUUGUCGAAGCUAUUACCGGAUACCCCACCGUGGUGUACAAUUCCGGGUUGUCGGCAUUCAACGGACUCAUUACUCACGUCAACCCCAAGGCUGUAGCUAUUGGACAAGCGUACCAUGGAUGUCAUGGCAUUGUUGAUGUUUGGAAACGUAAUUUUGGUACCAAGGAGAUUGAUAUUGAUGAUGGCGAUUACUCCCUUGUUAAAGCUGGUGAUUUGGUUCAUUUGGAAACUCCAGUUAAUCCAUACGGUACUUAUUUCGAUAUCACCAAGUAUGCCACUAAAGCACAUGAAAAAGGGGCGUUGUUAUCAGUUGAUGCGACUUUUGCUCCACCACCUUUGUUGAAUCCAUUUGAUUUUGGUGCUGAUAUAGUUAUGCAUUCGGCCACCAAGUUUUUCGGUGGUCAUUCUGAUUUAUUAGCUGGGUUGUUGUUAGUCAAAGACCAAGCCACUAAGGAGAAGUUGUUAUUGGACAGGUUGGUUCUUGGUACCAAUAUUGCCAAUUUGGAAAGUGCAUUAUUAGUUAGAAGCUUAAGGACAUUUGAAUUGCGUGUUGCCAGACAAGCUAAAACUGUUGCAACCAUUGUUCAGUUCCUUAAUGAGAAUAAAGCCAAGUUCCCGCAAUUAGACAAGAUCUAUCAUGGAUCAUUACAGACUGAUGAUUUCAUAGCUAAACAAUAUCCAAAUGGCCACACCCCAGUGUUUUCCAUUGAAUUGGAUACUGAUGCGCAUGCUAAAUCUUUCCCAUCGAAAUUGAAAUUAUUUCACCAUGCCACUAGUUUAGGUGGCGCUGAGAGUUUGAUUGAAUGGCGUGCAAUGAGUGAUGAUCACAUUAGUAAGAAGUUGUUGCGGUUGUCUAUUGGAUUGGAAGAUCCUCGUGAUUUGUUGUUUGAUUUGGUUAAUGGGUUGACUGAAGGAGGAAAUGAUGCCAAUGCAUUGGUGGAAGAGAUUAAGAAAUUGAGUGUAUAA